AGGAGCUUUGCGAGUCAAGACAACUUCAGACGAGUUUGCCCAAAUCUGAGCAUCUCUUGAAGGGACAAACUCUUAUUUCUCCGAGAGCAGGACAACAAUAAACCAGUGAUAUCAGAAGACAUUUUACUAAGAAGAAAUUAUCCUUAUGGAUUGUUAAGACAGCUUUGGAGAGUUGCGUCUGAUACCACCACACCUGGAAACUUUGAGGACUCUCUCACUCUGUCUCGCAAGGACAGAAGAUUUGGAGACACAGGCAUCAUUGUGUUCAGAAUCGAGAGGAUGGGGAUGUUGUGUUCUGGAAGAGUUCUGCAACAGUGGUUCUUCACUCUGUUUUUACUGUGUUCUCCUGUACCGCACCACGGCCGGCCUGUCGAUGCCCUCAGCAGCCGAAUGAAGCGCUCAGUGACGCAUGCGCAGCUAAUGCACGAUAAGGGACGGACGCUGCAGGAUAUUAAGAGGCGCAUGUGGCUGACGGAACUGUUGCAUGAAGUGCACACGGCAGAGAUCCGUGAGGGGCAGCAGCGAGCCACCAUUGGCAGCAGCGGAGGUGGAGGGGGCGGUCUCACAAUUGCCGUGCCGAUGGGCAUAGGCAUGGGGGUCGCCAUGGGAACGGGCACCAUCCAUCCGAAACCUGCAGGUGGCACAAAGAAUCUGCCAAUCAGCUUUCGGCUUGAGGACGAGGAGGGUACGAACCUCCCACAGGAAACCAACAAGUCGCAAACAUACAAAGAGAGUACGCUGAAGGCCAUCGGCAAGCGGAAGAAGAAAGGCCGCAUGGGGAAGAAGAGGGAGGGGGAGAAGAGGAAGAGGAGGGCUCGCUCGCUGGUCCGAUCGCCGCUAGAAGAGUUUGGGAGCGGCUUCCAUCUGGAGUGGCGGUCGUACUUGGGCCAGCAGGUGGCGCUGCACUAAGACACUGUCAGUCUCUGACAACGAUCCGUGAGGACAUUUGAAAUGGACAUUUAAAUGCUCAUGAGGAAAAUAUUUAUUGUCUGUAAAUAUUCUUAAUGCGCCCGAACAGUGACAAUGACAUAUAAAGAUACUGCUAAAGCAUUUUAACAGCUCCACGGAGCUACAGAUUUGGAUCCUUGUGAAUACUUUGCUUUAUUUCUUUUUCAUUUUUCGUUUUAUUCGUUUUAUUAGGACUAUGCCUCUAUUACCGUGUCAGAAUUCCUGUAAUUUAUUUUGUUUGAAUGGUGUAUUUAUUUUGUAAAGUUAUCAAGGUGCUGCUGACCUUCUAUAUUUUUGUACUAUAAUGCACUUUAGAUAUAUAAAUAUAGAAAUAUAAACAGGUAAUGGACGUAUUUUGUGGUUUAAUUGAAUGAAGAAGAUUAUAGCCCUGCCGUCUUGUGCUCAUCUGCUUCUCUGUUUUUUAUUGUAUGUUUGACAGCUUUGUCAUCCAAGUUUCUGUAUGUCGAUGGCUCUGUUCCAAAAUCUAGUGAGCUGCCUACCUAGACAAUAUUACGGCGUCAUUGUAGGCAUCAAGGUACUUCUUUAAAUUCUAAUGCAGUACCUCAAAUAUCCUUUAUAGAUAACGCAAUUCAUUCAAGAAGGCAGACGAGUCGAGUCUAGAGAAAUGUCAAAAAUACAUACACUAUAUGUAUUAAGUAUAUUUCUUUCAAUAAGUACAGAUUAUAAACUGUAUUGUUAUGCUUAUUAGAGGAUUGCAUUGUUAGCUUAGCAAUAUGCUUAUCUCAAACUUGUAAUUACUCGUGAGUUGCUGCCUAUGUAGAGCACUCCCUUAUGAGGUUCAAUGCAAGGCAGCUCACUAAAGUUUAGAACAGAGCUUUUGUGUAUGUUAUCAUUUUUGGUUUCUUUACUGCUGUCCUGGACGUGCCUCACGUCAACCACUCCGAUAACAGUCUGUUCUCAACAGCGUGUCCCUUUUGGCCACCGGCUACAACUGCGCAUCAAAACCACAGAGUGACCUGUACACGACCAGCACACGUUAUAGAAUAACUCUUGUUGUUUUGCACUGAGAGAAAAACCCUGUACUGAAUGAAUUAAACAUCUGACCGUCU